GCUACAUGUGUAUUUCCACCUCAGAUGGAUUUUAAUACCAGGGAUAAACCUAUCAUUAAGAUGGAAACUCUGACGCUUCUUAUUUAUUCAAUUUGAAAGGAUUUUUUUUUCUACUGGGUUUUUAUUGUGUGACAAAACAAAUCUUUUUCAUCGUAUAUUUUGAUUGCUGGAUGGAUUGGUUAGCUGUAGAUACACACUGAUGCUGAAGGAUUAACCAUUUUGUUGUCAAUAUUUAACUCACCAUUACUGGGGGAUGAGUCGAUGAAUAUACGUGGAUGAUCGUCGUCGUGAGAGACGAUGUUGUUCAGACGAGUCAGUCACAGGAUGGAGGUUGUCCAUACACGUACUAAAACCAAACCAUUGGAAUUUGGUUGUUUGUCUAAAUUUAAUUUGUGGCAUAAUGCUAUGUUUGUAACAAUUCUGUGGAUUUUGACGAUGGACGUUUACCAGGAGGUGGAAGCCCUUGAUUUAGUAAAAUGUUCAAAUGCCCUAGGAAUGGAAUCCUGGCGGAUCCCAGAUACUGCUAUUACCGCCAGUUCAUCUUACAAAGACCAAUCUGUAGGACCAAAAAGUGCAAGAAUCCGUCAAGAGAUCAGUGGUGGAGCAUGGUGUCCAAAAGAACAAAUUACUAUGGAUUCCUACGAAUACCUCCAAAUUGACCUCGACCAGCUCACGGUCAUUACCAAGGUUGAAGUUCAAGGUCGCUUCGGCAAUGGACAGGGGAAAGAAUAUGCUGAACACUUUUUACUGGAGUACCAGAGAGAAGAUGAUGGUGAAUGGAUACGAUUCAGGGACCGACGAGGUCGAGAGCAAUUUACUGGAAACACAAAUACUUACCUGGCGGAAGUGUGUGAGGUGUCACCGCCCAUCAUCUGUAAACGCAUCCGAUUUAUUCCUUACAGUCUCCGCACACGUACUGUCUGUAUGCGAGUCGAGCUCUAUGGAUGUAACUGGAAUGACAGCGUAGUUGCAUACACGAUGCCUCAAGGGGACAAACGAGGAUCAGAGGUGGAUCUGUUUGAUUUCACCUAUGAUGGAAUCUUCAAUGAAAAUUACCUUUCUGGAGGUUUAGGACAACUGACUGAUGGAGAUGAAGGUACAGGGAAUUUCCGUUUAGACCAGAGAGGCCUUGGAAUCAAAGGGUAUGAGUGGGUUGGAUGGAAGAAUGACACUCAUGCCACCAUGCCUAUUGAAAUUGUUUUCAAAUUUGACCAAAUCCGGAACUUUUCCAUGGUGAUUUUUCAUUGUAAUAACUACUUUAACAAAGAUGUAAGAGUGUUUAGAAGGGCUGAGAUCUUUUUCAGUGUGGGAGGCAAAUACUUUUCUGGGCCACCAGUAGUUUAUGAUUUUCAGAGGGACUCCUGGAUGGAAUAUGCUCGGAACGUUGAGAUUAGCCUCAACCACACAACUGGAAAGUUUGUCAAGAUUGUCCUCUACUUUGAUGCCAAGUGGAUGAUGAUCAGUGAAGUCAAGUUUGUUUCAGAACCAGCCAAUGGGAACUUCACAAUGGAAGCUCCUCCCCCUACAACAUUCACUCCCACUACAAGCAAAUCCAAGACCUUGGAUUCUUCUGAUACAAAUCAGGAUAUCAAUUUUCAUAAGCCAACGAUUGAUGUGGGCACAGAUAGGAAUGACCGUAAUGAUCAACCUGAAACAAAGGAAACGGCUACCAUGAAAGACGAUCAUAUUGGAAUUAUCAUCGGUGCCCUAGGUGGUCUCCUCUUGGUUUUCUUUGUCGUUCUUAUCACUUUCAUUAUCCGACAUAAGAGAAUGAAACAAAACAACAACCGUCGCAGCUUGAAGCCGGCUGUUGAACGACACAUCGCUGUCAAUCUCAGUGACCUUCAAGGCAACACCAAUGGCAAAGUGUCUAACGGAAACGUCUACAACAGUGUAGCCACUGACGAAAUGGAUGUAGAUCGAGAACUCUGCAACGGCGGUGAAAAAUUAUGUAAGAGCCCAACUCCUUCCUGUCCAUACUUGGAUCCCAAAGAUUCAAUACAAGGGAGAGAACUCCCUGACUUCCCGAGUUCGUCUGAAGGAACAGAUUCUCGAGACUAUGCCGUACCUGAUGUGACAAAGUCUGCUUUGGUGGUAGCCCUUCCACCCCAGCCCCCUCAACCUCCCCUGAGGAGCAAUGCCACCCCUAAAUCAGCCGGGGGCACACCCUCCCUGAUGACCAAUUCCCUGGACAAGCCUCCGACAUACGAUGCCCUGUAUGCGGCAGCUGACGUAAUCAACAACAUGCAGGUGCCCAACAUCCCAAGUCUACAGGGUGUUAGUGGUAACAAUGUGUAUGCUGUUCCCAAUGCUGAACUCCUUCUGUCUCUAGAACACUCUGUCAUGCAGUUCCCCCGAGAUAGUCUACAGUUCAUUGAAGUUCUCGGCGAGGGUCAGUUUGGUGAGGUUCAUCUGUGUGAGGCCAUCAACUGUGGGGAGUUCAUUAAUGACGAAUAUUUUGGAAACCGGACCAGUUCUCGCCCAGUGUUAGUUGCUGUGAAGAUGCUGAGGAGGAAUGCUGAUGACCGAGCUAGGUCUGACUUUCAUAAGGAAAUUAAGAUUAUGUCCCAACUCAAGGACCCGAACAUUGUGCGUGUACUCGGCGUGUGUACCCAUGAGGAGCCACUGUGUAUGAUUGUUGAGUACAUGAAGUAUGGAGACCUAAACCAGUUUCUUUUGGACCAUGAAGCAGAAAGCCCAGUUGCCCAGGCAACCAAUGCCAAGACCCUGAGCUACGGCUGUCUGAUUUACAUGGCCUCCCAGAUCGCUUCGGGAAUGAAAUACUUGGAAUCUCUAAACAUGGUUCACCGAGACUUGGCGACACGUAACUGUUUGGUGGGGACCAACUUCACCAUUAAGAUUUCUGACUUUGGUAUGAGUCGUAGCCUGUACAGUUCCGACUACUACAGGAUUGAGGGUCGUGCUGUACUACCCAUUAGAUGGAUGGCGUGGGAGAGUAUCCUACUGGGUAAAUUCACGACCAAGAGUGACGUGUGGUCAUUUGCUGUGACGCUGUGGGAAGUGCUAACCUUCGCCAAGGACCAGCCCUUUGACAGUCUGACUGAUGAGCAGGUGAUUGAGAACGCUGGACACUAUUACCGUAACGAUAACAAAGAGGUGUACCUACCGCAGCCAAGUAACUGCCCCAAGGAGAUCUUUGACCUUAUGUACGAGUGCUGGAACAGGAACGAAUGCUAUCGCCCUUCCUACAGAGAAAUACAUAUGUUCUUGCAGAGGAAAAACAUGGGUUACAACCCAAAAGACGAAAUGAUGAACCAGAUAAGGGUGCCAAUUUGUUGAUCACAAUAAUUAUUUUGAAUACUACCUAAGAAUGUAUUCUAAAUCUGGGUUUGUCAUAUGUUUCAAGGUUGUGACCCAGUGCAAAUACUAGUCAUUCAAACUUUCCGGUGAAACGGAUCAAUCAUGUUUGGUGCAACACGGGGAAAUGUGGACUUCCUUUCAACGAAACCAAAGACAGAUUUGGUGAUUGGGAUAGGUGAUGAUUGGGCUGUCCCAAUCUUAAAGAGAGGAGUGGCAGGUGAACUCGCCCGCCUGAAAUGACAGGUGCUAGGACCCUAUCAUCAUUGCACCCUUUCUGAUGUCAUGCAUCACCGAAAUUGACACAUCAGUUGCCAUAUAGUCAUACGAAUGGAAUUGUGAUAAAAGAUAGCGUUUAGAUGAUCUGAAUUACACAAGUACUCGAGUGAGUCCGUUCAUACUCACCUCUGUUGUGAUAGUGAUGAAAUCCAUGGAGAGAAGAGCUAUAUGUAUAGUAUUACCAUAAUAAUUCUUAUUUAUAAAUGUUUUAUCAUAAAAUUGACUUAUUUCUGAUGAUACAGAAAUUGAUUAACACCUUUGUGCUCCUACAAACACUCUAAGUGUAUCAAAGAUACAUUGCCUAAUUAGGAGUGGGUAAGGGUUAUCUGCCCUUGAUCACAUCAGUUAUCUGCCCCUGUUUCUCCAGGAAGAAAAAGAGCGCUGAAAGUGUUAGUGAUACAAGGAACAGCAUAUUGAUCAUUAUUUUUAAAUUGAUUGUAUUUAAUUCCAGUCAUUGCAAAGGUUUUUAUCUUACACACAUAUAUAACCAUAAACGUGUUCAAAAGCAUUGGGAAUUAUAAUAUUGGGUUGUCUCCCCUUUGUUAUAACUUGUAUGAAGGCGUUCUUAAGGAGGGGGGUGAGAACUGAUCAACUGUUUCAGUUGUGCCAUUAUCAUGUGUAUAUGAAGAAUGUUAUUGAGACAAUAGUGUUAUCUCCAUUUAAAAUGAAAUUAGAAGAAUAAGUUAUGGGAUAUAUAUAUUGUUCCAUUACAACGUUGUGUGUUAUUGAAAACAAUCAUAGUGCUAAAUUACUAUAUGUGUCCUAAUUCCUUGUAAUCAAUGCCUUUGCAUUUUUGCAUUCAGCAAAGUUUUAUCAGUUUUAAUGCUGCUUACUAUCAUUUGUAUUCAAUGACUUGACUGUUGCAAGCAAACUGAGAAUUUACAUAAAACACAGCGAAGUCCUUGGGGAACCUUCUUCAAAGGAUCUCAACAGAAUGGGGCCGGACUUAAGAUUAUACAUACAUCUUGAUUAUAAAGAUGAAUUUUAUCUUCUUUAUGUUGUAAACUUCCUCCCUUGUUGUUCAUUGCUUGGUAAAAAUAAAAGAUUAUUUGUAAAAUUUGAAAGGUGCAAUACGUUCUAUAUUAUAUAGAUGCUGACAUUUUCAUAGCUAGUUUUUAAGAUGCCAUUUUUAAAGCUGAAAAAACAAUUAUAUUUGUUUUUUUGUUGUUUUUUUUUUUAACCAUAAAUAAUAACCAUAGAACGACCAAAUAGGUGUAGAUGUAUGGACAAUGAUCUCUGUUAUGUGUCUAUUAAUACUAGAGUGAUUCCCAUGUCCAAAAUAUUCUACCUUCUGAAAUUAUCUUGUGAUUGAAUUAGCAUGCUUUUUGUAACCUUUGGAAGAAUGUUUUAAAUUAUCAUUUUUAAUUAUGUUUUUGUAGAAUUAACCCCCUCCCUCCUCCAAAAGAAACACAUGGUAACUUCAUUUUUUUGUUUUUUUUUUAAUUGUUGUUUUGACAAAUUUGCUUAUUAAGUUUUGAGUUUGUUAAUAAAUGUAAAGAUAUUCUAUUGAUGAAAACUUCAACCACCACCAGAUGUAAAAUAUGAAUGCUCUCUACAUUAACUCCAACUUGUGACAGAAUACCAACAGAGCUUUUGUACAUAACUAUCUUUAUUUACAAGUAGAGCUUUUGCCACUGAAAGUAUGUACCCCCAGUAGUGGAGGUAUGUACAAUAUAUUAUGUUAUAUACCCCACACUGGAGAUAUAAUAUAUUGUACAUUAUGUAUUUCCCACAGUGGACACAUGUAUAGUAUAUUGUAUAGUGGAGGUAUGUACAAUAUAUAUUUGCUAGCAUUAACUCUUGUGAUGUCAGCUGUUUUAUGUAAGGACCCUUUGUAUUUGUUUUGAUUUGUUCUUGUUUUUGUUUUUUUUUUUUUUCCCCACAAAUUUUUACUUAACUUGUAUAAAUCACAGUAGUUAUGUACAGUUUUUUACAAAAAUGGUCAGUGAGAAUGAUAUCUUUGUAUUAACUUUUCAGUGCCAUGAAUGCUGUGCACUUGAGUAUGUUAAGACUUCACUGAACACUUUUGAAAUAUUUGUACAAACAUAGACUUUUAUAUAAAAAAUACAUAAAAAAACUAAAAUAUGUAAUGUGUAUUCAGGGUGUAAAAGCUCAGACAUUGCAUGGAUGAUUAUUGACAUAUAUUCUGAUAUGUUACAUGGAAAUCCUGAACAAUUACCAUUUCAUUUUGAUGGGGAUGAAGACUUUUUUUUUUUAACUUUUUAGAAAACAGAUACGAAAAAAAGUGAUAUCAUGUCUCAUUCACAAUUCUAGCAUAUCAUUUAUAUAUGAAAAUAAGAAUUUAUGCAAGUUAAUGAGUUUAUCGAAAUAUCUUUGGGUUGUGACUUUAAUUGAAACUUAAUAUUAUGACUUAUGUCCAAGAAAGAUGGAAACCAUCCUGGAACACUGACGGUAUAUCUGUUGUUAUGAAAAAAUUAAUUCAAAUGGCCAACAUCAGAUCUGAAUUACAAUAUCCUUCUGUCAAGUCUUAAAAACAACCAUCUUAGAAAACGGCAAAAAAAAAAUCAAAAAGAUUCAGCCCAAACCUGCUGUAAUGCAAAAAGUGCUAAAAAGUAAAGGAAGUUAAAAUUUUGUGUUCCAAGAUGGAUUUGAUCAGGUAUCAAGUCGUACUCAAUAUCAACAUGACCUCGAGAGGUCGGAUGUGAUUGGGGUUAUAUUUUUAUACAAUGGCAAUCGCGUGUGCAUGAGCUUGUAAAUGAGAGAUGUACAAACAAAAGUUAACCAAAUUUGCAUUUAUUUUGCCUUUUUACACAGCAGGAGAGCAACUGCAUUCAUCUAGCUUUGUACAGUAGAAAGAUAGAAAGCUGUACGUAUCGUAAAUAUCUAAUAUAUAUAGAAAUAGCUAGAAACAAAUGGUAUUGAAAACAACUGAAUUUGUGAUUUAAUCGUGUACAUAGCAAUUUGUGAAAUAUGUCAGAGCUUUGUUUAUUUUUUUUGUUUUUUUAACAAAUCACCCUUUGUGUACCCCACUGUUUUGGCUAGAGAUGAGGCCCUGCCCACCAGAUCUUUGUCUUGAUUGGACACUGAGCUGGGGCACCAAAAGGUAGUGCUUAUUGAUGACAACAGGGUGACACUUUUUAUUAUUUAUAUCUCAUGAUGUAGAUGUGUUCUAGAUACGUUUUAAAUCAUGUUUCUAUAUUUAUGUCAUUCCAGUUGACUUGUCAUGAUGUCGUUGAUUCAGUGAAAUCAAGAGUCAUAUUAUUAUGUAAUUCAUUAUUACAAAUAUCCAAGUCUUUAGGAAUAUGUCAUUUUCAAAAGGGUGUCAUUUUGUUUGUUAUUAUUUAUUUAAACAAAAUAAAACAGAUAAAUGCAGGUGCUUAUCAUAAAACAUUUUUAAAAUUUUGCUUGGCUUACCAUGUAGGGAAGAUUUAUAACGCUUAUUUCAUUUUCUUUUUCAAUUGAAUCAAAAAGAAGUCAAAAAUUUAUUCGUCAUCAAUUAUCUAAUCCAAAAAGUUCAAAUAAAAAGUUCAUGCUUUUUUUUCUAAAAUUGAAAUUGACAAAAUGCUGUAUAGGUUUAAUUAAAACAUUAAUGAAAAUCACCACAGAAGUCACAAGCAGCCAGUUGACCUUCCAAUUAAAAUGAGGAUUGUACAUUAAAUACUAUAUAACUAUGUAAAAAGUAGGGAUUUGAUAUAUCUUAUGUGUUACUUGUCACUUUCUGAAGACUUGGAUAUUGUCCUCAUCAUAUCUGUUGUUUUUGUCAUAUUUUCGUCAUUUUAAAUUCAAGUCAAUAUCAUAUACAAGUUUCAUGGAAUCAAUUUGCUGUUGCAGUUUUCAUUUCAAAAAAAGAUUUCAUUGCUUAACUAUUGAACGGAAAAGCAUUAUCAUCAACUUGAAAUUCCUGUGAAAUGUCAAAAAAUUGUUUGAAUAGAUUAAACUAGUAUAUGAUCAGAUGUAAAAAGGUCAUUUUCAAAAUAACUGUGAGAAACAGUGAAAUUCCAUUGAAAUAUUUCGAUACCAUUUCAUCUAAAAGUUACAGUCAUUAUUGAUUAUGUAUUAGUAAUGAGAUCUGUCUAUUAAUGGAAAUCAUUAUACUCUCAAAUGAUUUAAAUAUAAGUUCAUAUGGCACAAGGUCAUUCAGUUGUUAUGGAGAUGAAUCACAUGUUGUGCAUUCUAACUCCUAAUUGGCUGAUUUGAGGUGUAAAUGUGAGUUAGUGAUUGGUUGAGUACUGUGGCUGUAAUUUUUAUUUAGUACAUAUGUUCCUUUGUUAUUGUGUUACUAGGAGACCGACAUGCAAUACAUCAUUUCUUGCUUAAGACUGAGUCAAUUAGGUUGUAUUGUUUGUAAAUAAAAUCACAAAUCAUUUA